UCUUUUUCCAGUUCAACCAUUUUUUCAGGGACUAAGGUGACAUGUGAAGGAUCACCAGGCCACGGAUCAAAAUUCAUUGAAAAUACGGCCGGUGAGAAAUUGGUUUCUGUUAUACAAAGCGCUCUGGAGUUCCGCGAUGAACAACUUAAACUUUACAAAAGUGGUACAAAAUCGUUGGGAGAAGUGAUCACGCUCAACUUCACAAAGGUUGAGGGUGGUACUGCUAUAAACGUCCUACCGACGGCGCUCACCGCAUGUAGGUUAUCUGUUAUGUAUACACUUCAAUGA